AUGGCUCAAACACAAAUCUCCACAACUCAAGAUAAAAAGAGGAAGAAGCCUCUAAUCGUAAGGUUCAACGAGAAAUUCAUGGAUGAAGAUUCCGAUUCACAGGGACUGGUAGGACCAUUCCUACCUGCGAUCGGGACGAAACACUCUGUGGGGCUCGACAUAAGGAGCCCCGAAGAGUAUAUCCUUCCACCACACAGCAGCACGAGGAUCAACACUUUCGUACGGGUUUCAUUCCCCGUAAACCACUACUGUCGGAUCGCAGACCGCUCGUCCAUGGCGAUCAGAGGACUGAUGGUUGGUGGGGGAGUGGUGGACCAGGACUUUCAAGGAGAUAUCGAGGUAGUUAUCCACAACCUGAGGUCUACCCACGCAAUAAUUGAGAGGAGGGAAGCCUUUGCCCAGCUCAUCUUCGAGAGGUGCACCCCACCCUCUUCUAUUCUAUUUGUAAAUUAUAAGGAGGAACUCCUCGAUCUAGAGACUGUCUCUAAGGAACGAGGGGAGAAAGGAUUUGGAUCAACGGGGCAGGGGGUUUAAUUCUUGGUACAUGGGGCCAUAUAUAUUUACCCGAAUAAAUGUCUUGCAUUUUGAAACUAUUUACCGUCAAUAAAUGAUUACUUAUAAUAAUG